AUGGCUGAGUUGGCCGCUGCGUCAAUAACUAAUGAUAAUGAUGGUGAUGCGCGCUCCUCAAUGAAAUUCACACGAUGCAGAACAGGGUGUUUGCGAUGUCGGAAGCGGAGGCGGAAAUGCGACGAACGCAAACCCCGAUGCCAGAACUGCAUUGAUAAAAACUUCGACUGCAACUAUGGGAUGCAGGUAACUUUUCUCCCGAAGAAUUCUAUCACUGUGACAGCGGACGAGCUCCAAUCCCCAGCUAUAGAUAGGAGCGCCAACUAUCAUAAGAUCCAGUUUGUCAAUGAAGAUCCUCUUUCAAUAGAUGAUCUUGCUGGCCUCUCGGCGGAAACUCAACCGUCUUCUCCUACAUCCACCAUCUCAAGUACGCCUUUACUUGUAUCUCCUUCUCGAAAGGGUAUAGUCUCGACAGAAGAAAGUCGUCGCAGGCACUCUGCCUCCGUCUCCAUAGCAGAAAGGGAAAGAGAAAACCACCACAACUCAAUCCCCAGAUUGCACGAUACCAACCACACACAUUACGAGCCGCACUCGCGUACCGCCCUUGCACCAUGGGAACUUGACAACCACAACCACCAUCAUAUCUCAGCCCCAGACCCAACCCCACCCGGGCCACUCGAACCCCCAAUUCGGUCAAACACCUUCAGCGCAAAGGACGAAUUCGCCGUGCGCGGACUCCUCGCCCUGGGAACCCAGUCUGGACCAGGGCCCGAUAAUGACUCAAUCCCGGGCCCGGUAUCCACUAUCCCAGAUCCAGCCACAAACGCUGGAAUGGGCACUACGGCAGCAGACUCUACCGUGGGGAUUGGACCGCGGACCCCUCUUGCAGCAGACAUACCGAACAGGACAAUAGACGGAGGUGGAGGUGGAACGAGCUUCAUCAACGGUAUACUAGGCGUGUCCACCCCAGCUGCCAUGCACAGCUCCGUGCUGAAUUUCGACAUCGGGAACGGGACUCCAAAUCCAAAUCUAUAUUCGAAUUCGAAUACGACUCCAGACCCGGCGGGCCCCGGCUCGGAGAUAUGGAAGAUGAAGCUUCUCCAGCAUUAUCGGUAUAAUGUAGCGCCGUGGCUGGACAUCCUCGACCUGACGCACAAAUUCGGCAUCACGGCUCUCCAGAUCGCUGUGAACUCAUCUUCGAAGCGGCUUCUCCCUGCCCUCAUGGGUCUUUCGGAGGCGUGCUUACGGACGCAGCGUGGCCGUGUCUAUUCUCACACGUACGGGCUCCAGGCGGUUCAUUUCGACGAUUCAGCGUCGGGCGCCUAUUCCGAACCUCCUUCAGGGGAUCUGGAUCUAGACGUACAUGAAAAUUCUACGGAAUCUGUGCUGCUACGAGUGUUUGAAGAGCUGAGGGGUCUUGUUUCGGAUUUUGCAAGGGCUUGGGCGAGGAGUGGGGAUGGAUAUGACUAUGGGUAUAAUGAAUACAGACCGUUGCAGUCGAUGGUUCAUAGAGCUUAUGGGAUGGACAUGGAUGCGGCAGUGUAUUGGAUGUUUUUGCGGAUAGAUAUUGGCAAAUCUCUAGCGAAUAAUACGCCCCUCCGCAUGCCCCUCCCCUCACUUCCAAUCCCGAGUCUCGCGCUCCUCUGCCGCACAGAAAGCACCCCAGAACGAGUGGGGCACUACGCGCAGGUCCUCCUCUGGCUCUGCGGAAAAGCGCUACUAACAUACCAUCAAGAAUCUAGCACACACCAGGUCCCAGGAGCAGAUAGUUGGCUACAAUUAUUCGAAGAGCUGAACCAGUGGCACUACCUCCGUCCGCAGGAAUUCCAACCAAUGGUGGAAUUGAGUAACGACGGCGGCGCCGAAGACCAUGCCCUAGGUCCUGGUAGCGAGUUCCCGAUGCUCCUGUUCACGAACGGUGCAGGCGCACUAUGCAGCCAGCUGUAUCACACCGCGAUGCUGUUCAUGAUAGAGUGCAAACCGCGGACAGCGGCUCUUCUGAACCAGAGUCAUCCGCAGUACUCGCCGGUGUUAUCGCCGAUAUGGCAUGCCCAGCGAGUCUGCGGUAUCGCUCUGAAUAAUGAUAGGCGCGAGUGCUGGGAUCCAUGCCUGCUUGCGUCGUUCCUGGUCGCGGCACGGCAUAUGACGCAUGAGUCUCAGCAGGUUGAGAUUGUGCACGGGUUUGACCGCAUCCAGGCGCUUACUGGAUGGGGUGUGGGAGAGUAUCUCACCCAGCUGCGCGAGGAAUGGUCGUAUCUCGAUGGAUGUUGA